CAUUUAGCUACAGCCAUGUCGAGGUUGGGCAAGAUAGAGGAGUUUGACGCCAAGGUUCAGACGUUCGAUUCGUACUUGGAGCGUUUCGAGCACUUUGUCAGUGCGAAUGACAUAGCUCAAGAGAAGAAACUCUCAGUAUUUUUGACAGUGAUCGGGGCGGAAGCGUAUGAAGUACUCAAGAAUUUGGUUGUACCAUCACUUCCUGGGGAGAAGACUUUUGAUGAAGUCAAGGUUCUAUUGAAAAACCAUUACAGCCCCCCGAUAUCAAUUAUAGCUGAGAGGUGCAGGUUUAACCGCAGGGUUCAGCUUGAGCACGAAAGUGUAGAAGACUUUAUCAUUGAGAUAAAGCAUUUGGCUCGGAAAUGUGAUUUUGGGUCCUUUCUUAAAGACGCUAUGCGUGACAGGCUUGUGGCAGGAAUCCGCAGCGAAGACAUUCAAAGGGCUCUAUUCACAGAAGAAAACCUGGGCUUUGAAAGUGCUUGCAAAAUUGCUCUUGCGCGAGAGCUAGCAGCCAAGCAAACAGCAAUACUGCAAGCAGGAGGGACAAACUCGGCUGUAAAUGCCCAAAUAUGA